AUGAGCUCUUCCUCUCUGCCAGAUCAGCCCAAUGGGUGCAAUGGUUGGUCGAACGAUGGAUUUGAUGCGACAGAGGAGGAGGAUGCUACCACCACCACCUCCAAAAAGACUGCGGGGGUCUUCAACGGCGCGCUGGUGCGACCUUGGGCAGCGGGCUCGUCACUCCAGCGCCCGGGAACGUCCCGCCGACAAGGGCUCGGUGUUGAAAGGGCCCUGGGGUCAUGGGAGGGGGACGAUCUGUUCCCCUUUCUGGCUCGAGUCAGGACCGAAAUGGAAAAGCAUGAUGCUUGUCCGUGCGCCAUUCAUAUGGACAAUGGGGCCGGCCCUCUUCCAACGGUUGGAAUGGCGCGCCGUUAA